UGGCUGAAAAAGCAGCAAAUACUCAAAAAAGCCUUGUACUCCCAACUCACACAAAGAGUCUUCAUAAAAUCUGCAGUUGAAAAAGAAAAAUUUGGGCCAAGAAUGUCAGAGAAAAAAAUUAGUGGGCACCAACAACUCUGGUUUCUAUUAGACUUCUGAUUUCUCUUUGUUUUCUCCUCAUAUAAUAUACAUUUGCAAGUGUGUAAUUUUUGUCCUUGUGCAAUUUGUUGCCUCCUAAACACUCGUCUCUCGAUGCAAAAUACAGUACACACACCAGUUGAGAGCCACAUAGCCUCUGUACCAGUUGACUAAGCAUUUUGCAAUACCAUAAAACCGACCCUUUUCUGUUUGUCCUCUUCCAAAUCCAGAAUAUGAUCCCAUUUUGCUGGUUAAUUUGAGGUGGGCUUUGUUUUUUCUCCUUGUUUACUUUGGAAUGGAUGCCUAUUGUGAUCUCGAAGUUGAUGUCAAUGGAGAAGAGGUUCUCAUGGUGGACAAGAAAGUUCUAUCAUCUUAUUCAGGAAGUAUUAGAAAAAUGUUUAGCACAUUGAAAGGUGGAAAACGAAACAUGAAGGUGAUAUACCAUGACUUUCCUGGAGGAGCUGAAAAUUUUGAGCUCAUCACUAGGUUCUGCUACAAGAACGGAAAGAUUGAUAUCAAUCCCUUUAAUAUCACAGACCUAAAUUGUGCUGCAUAUUUCUUGGAAAUGAACAAAUGUGUCUCUGGAAGCCAAAAUUUACUUGAGCAAACGGCGAAAUCACUUGAAGAUAUCAGGUAUUGGACAUGGUCUGAACUUAUAGUGGCUUUGAAGCGGUGUCAAGAUUUCCUUGCAGUUGCAAGCUCUUCAGGUAUACUUGAAAAAUGCUUGGAUUCUAUUGUUGGAAGGGUUGCAUCAUCCUGUGAAACAAGUCCAUCUCCAUCCGUGUCUUCUCCUGAUAGUUAUAAAUUUCGGGCGUCAUGUGACACGAGAAGUAGCGAGAGCUUGAAAAGCAGCUUCCUUCGGGUUACAUGGUGGUUCGAAGAUCUUGUACAGUUGGAUAUUCGUCUGAUUGAAAUGCUGGUGAAAUCAAUGGUGUCUAGAAACUUAAGCCAUAGAAUAAUCAGUAAGUUUCUCUUUCAUUACCAGAAAUCAAGAUUGGCUUCCGCCUUUUUGGACGAGAAAAGUAGGAUGGUCGAAACAGUUGUUGAGAUGCUUUUCUCUUUGGAUUUAAGCAGUGUGUCAUACAAGAGUUUGUUUGGGAUGCUUCGAUUUUCUUUACAAGGAAACAUAAGCAAAUGCAGCAGGAACAAGUUGGAAAGUAUGAUUGGUUCACACUUAGAUCAAGCAACAUUCGACGAUUUUCUUGUUCCGUCUCCAAUCCGGGCACGUCACCUGUACGAUGUAAAUCUGGUUCUUAGGCUUGUGAAAUCAUUUCUUGCCAAAGGAGUAUGGUGUUUGCCUUUGAGUCGAUUGAAAAAAGUUGUGAGCUUGGUAGAUGCAUAUAUAGCUGAAGUGGCUCCCGAUCCUCAUCUGAAACCAUCAAAGUUCUUGGCCCUAAUUAGGGCAUUGCCGGACUCUGCUAGAGACUCUUUUGAUGGAAUCUACCAGUCCGUAGAUUUGUACCUAGAGGUUCAUUCAGGGUUGUCCGAAGAAGAAAAAACGAGGGUCUGCUGUGGACUAGCUUAUGAGAAACUAUCACCCGGCGCCUUAAGCCACCUGGCUCAAAACAACAAAUUUCCAUCAAAAUCUGCACUCGAAGCACUGAACUUUCAGCAGUGCAGACUCAAAAACUUGCUUCAACCCACAAAUCAACCAAAUAACUUCACCAACUCUCCUAUUUUCCGUGAAACAGAGCGAACGGAGAAGAAAGACAAAACCCACGAACAAAUCCUCCUUUAUGCGGGCAAUCUAGAUUUUUCAAUUGAGAAUGAGAGUACCGGAGCACAUUUACAAGGUAUGCAAUGGAGAGUGCUGGAACUAGAAGAGAUUUGCAGGAAAAUGCAAAUUCAGAUGACAAAGAUGAUGAAAUCUAGGUUGUCAAACCACAGCAAUGCUAAAUCUGUACCUAGGCUGUGCUCAUGAAAUACAUUUUUAUUAAUUUAUUUAUUGUAUCUCCAUUUGUAAAUAUAUUUGUACAUAGUCUGGGACAUAUUAUUUUCCUUUAUUUUCUGUAUCAUAGAAAGUGAUUCGAGAAAAGUGGCUUUCA